UUUGGGAUUGUCAGUUGCUGAUCAAAAUCUCAACUUCAUCUACAGGUAACCUGCUUUGCACUUGCACAAACUCCACAACUUCGGCCUGUGGUUUGGAAGAUGCUAAUAGCUUAUGCAAAUCGGAUACAAAUCUAACUGAGGACUCCCAUAUCCAGCUCUUAUUGAUUUUGUAUUCUUUUAAACUUUGUGGAAGAGUUUGAAUCCGAAGUAGAACCUGGUGUAGGAGCAAACAGCUGUGACUGUGAGGUGGUCUCAGGUGAGGGGGGUGAGACAGCAAUCAGGUGUUUUUUGGGGUUGGUCGGGCUCAAACAGAGCCACGGUGGAGGACGACCUGCUGGAUUUCGCUGGUAUGGAUGGGCACGGGUAUGACCGCUAUGCGGAUGGGGACAGGGACAGCUACCAGAUUGAUUACCGGCGUAUUGUGGGGGACAUGGAGCCGGCCAGGCCACGGAUGUCUUUACGAGAUUCGGAUCAUCACUUUCAUGGCCCGUUUACACACAAUACACUACACGGGCAUGGGCACGGGCACGAGACGGCUGCCCAGCGCUACAGUGCUACCCGAAUACAGGCGGGAUAUGAACCAGAGAGUGAUUUCCUCAUACUGCCUGGCUUCAUUGACUUCACAUCUGAUGAAGUGGAUUUGACAUCUGCCCUGACCCGCAAGAUAACCCUGAAGACGCCACUCAUUUCCUCUCCCAUGGACACAGUCACAGAGUCCUCCAUGGCCAUCGCUAUGGCUCUCAUGGGUGGAAUAGGAAUUAUUCAUCACAACUGCACACCUGAGUUCCAGGCCAACGAGGUCCGGAAAGUCAAGAAAUUUGAGCAGGGCUUCAUUACGGACCCUGUAGUGAUGAGUCCACGGCACACGGUUGGCGAUGUGUUUGAAGCAAAGGUACGGCACGGUUUCUCCGGCAUCCCAGUUACAGAAACCGGCAAGAUGGGCAGCAAGCUGGUGGGCAUCGUUACGUCACGAGACAUCGACUUCCUGUCAGAGAAAGAUUACGACAGGCCACUGGAGGAGGCAAUGACAAAACGAGAGGAUUUAGUGGUUGCUCCAGCAGGUGUAACAUUAAAAGAGGCAAAUGACAUCUUACAGCGCAGUAAAAAAGGUAAACUGCCUAUAGUGAAUGACAGCGAUGAGCUUGUAGCUAUAAUAGCUCGUACCGAUUUGAAGAAGAACAGAGACUAUCCUCUAGCCUCCAAAGACUCUCGCAAACAGCUGCUGUGUGGCGCUGCCAUCGGCACCCGAGAGGAUGACAAGUACCGGCUGGACCUGCUCAUGCAGGCCGGAGUGGACGUGAUAGUUCUGGACUCUUCUCAGGGGAACUCAGUGUUUCAGAUCAGUAUGAUCAACUACAUCAAACAGAAAUACCCUGAACUACAAGUGGUGGGAGGAAACGUGGUGACUGCUGCACAAGCAAAGAAUCUCAUAGAUGCCGGUGUUGACGCUUUACGAGUGGGCAUGGGCUGUGGAUCCAUCUGCAUCACACAGGAAGUGAUGGCGUGUGGGAGACCGCAGGGCACAUCUGUGUAUAAAGUGGCUGAAUACGCCCGGCGUUUUGGGGUUCCGGUCAUUGCAGACGGUGGCAUCCAGACAGUUGGGCACGUUGUCAAAGCCCUUGCUUUGGGAGCUUCCACAGUGAUGAUGGGGUCAUUGUUAGCGGCAACCACAGAAGCGCCCGGCGAGUAUUUCUUCUCAGAUGGCGUACGACUGAAGAAGUACCGUGGCAUGGGCUCGUUGGACGCCAUGGAGAAAAACAACAGCAGUCAGAAACGUUACUUUAGUGAAGGAGAUAAAGUGAAGGUGGCUCAGGGAGUCUCUGGCUCAGUUCAGGAUAAAGGCUCGAUACACAAAUUUGUUCCAUACCUCAUCACUGGAAUUCAACAUGGCUGUCAGGAUAUCGGUGCAAAGAGCUUGUCCAUUCUGCGAUCAAUGAUGUACUCUGGAGAGCUGAAGUUUGAGAAGAGGACCAUGUCUGCUCAGGUUGAGGGCGGAGUUCAUGGACUGCAUUCUUACGAGAAGCGGUUAUAUUGAGCCAGGCAGCAGGGGGCAUUCGAGAGCUGGACCCAAUGUCCCGUCACCAGCCGUCACUAAACACAGCAGCUGAAAGUGAUUUCUGCUAUCCUCAACCGCUUUAUCCUUUUUCCUGGUGGCUCUUGACUCUAGAUAAACAUUAAAAUGAAAAAAAUCUGUCUGAUUGUAAUAAAAGCCAGCAACAGUACUGAAUGUACUAUGGACUUUCUUGUUUUGAUUUUUUUAUUUUGUUCGGGCUUCCCUGUAAGAAAUUAGACUUGGCACUAGAGAUGUUAUUUUCAAAAUCCUAUGAAUGUACGGCAUCAUCUGAAAUAUGAGGAUGCUACUUGUGUUUAUGUAAAGAGAGAGUAUGAACAUUUAUGAUCUAUGUGGCUAUGUUUUUCCAGACUGUCUUGCUGGUUCAUUGUAAUUCAUAUUGUGUGUUAUUUUAAUAGUAACAAUAUUUGUGUGAACAAAAUCAUGUGCAUACUGCAUUGCAAUUAGAGUGUUAUGAGUUCAGUUUUAAUGUUAUCUAAGAAAUGCAUUUGUUUUCUUUAUUUUUCCACUAGGGCAGGUUUGCAGACUGCUUGUGUUACAAUGCUUUUCAGAUUAUCACUAGAAUGAUGUUAUUUUAUGGACCAGAUUAUGAGUAUCAGCCUUAAAAUCAGGUAUUCUGUACUGUUACUCGCCUUACACUAGACAAUAACGUACACCGACAUUAGACAUGCUCAUUUCUUAAAGUUUAUUUAACAGUUUCACACACUUGCAUCAUUUAACCCAGAAGCAUUUACAUAUAUCAAACAUUUUACAGUAUAUAAAAAAAGGUCUGAAUUGAAGGAGUGACACUUUCAACUUUGGGCACCAUUUGGUAGUUUGCAAAGACUUGUUGUCAUUCUGAAUAUAAUACAGUUUAUAGAAUAAAGAAUGAGUUUUAUAGAUUGUGUUUCUUAUUUUGUUCCUGUAGUGUCAGUUUGCAUACUUUGCUUAAAUAUUUUAGAUGUUAAUAUACCCUUUUAUAAACAGUAGCAUAAUGAGCAAUGCAAUUCAGAGCAUUAAAUUGACAUGUAGAAGUCAUUGGAGCAUUUACUAGUCACAGAGAGAAAAUGCACAUCUCAAACAUUUGAAAAAAGAGAGAAGCAAGAGUGAGAAUCUUAAAGUUUUUGUGAUGAGCUCCUGCUGUCAGUCAUACAGAUGUGCACUAAUAAAGAUGACAAAAAUGUACAAGCUGUCAAAACUUCGUUAUUACAUCUCUAUGGCCAACAGAGGGUAGUAUUUGAGGCUGUGAGGGAUUCUGGGUACAGCAUAGAAUAGAUCUUUAUUAAGCACUAAAUGUAAUGAAAUAACAGUUUAAAAAAACAGAAGUACUAAAAUGCCAAGUCUUCCAUACAUACAACAGCUAAUUAGCAUGGUUUUCAUGGUUAUCUUCAUGCAGCCUUUUGCUAAAUAUGUCUUUUUACAUAAGAAUAUGCUCCAACGGAACAUCCAGGUCUCGUUCCAGAACAAAAUGUUACCCAAGUGACAGGGCUGCCACAAAUAAGUGGGUUAACACCAAUGAUAGUGCUGCAAUAAAAUGCUAAAUGGUUCUAGAGAAUGUCUCUAUACUGUACAUCUGUAAUGUUGCCUAAUGAAUGUUUAGGUGAUCUGUGCUGUAAGAGCAAAACCAAAAGACAUAUCAUCAUAAAACAUGUUCAUAAGUGCUAGCUUUAUUGCUGAAAGGUACACAAAAGCAUCCUGUACAGUAGUUUAUUUUUUAAAGUCCUUUGAUCAAACCAAGCAUUUUCAACAAGAUUUGUCAAAUUUCUCUUCGUUGACAGAGAACAUCAGUCACUCAGAGGUUGUAGGUUGCUGUUUUGUACAUGUCGUGUCUGCUUCUAAAAUAAAACAUUUCUUUCCAUUCAAGCAGAAUGCAU